GAACUGAAUACAUUGCACCAAAGUUGAACUCACACUCACUCACCCCUCACACAAAAGUGGGGAUUAUUUGGUUAAAAUAAUAUGAACGAAGUUGCCUUUCCCUUUCAUCCUCUUUGAUAUCAACUUCACUACCAGUUAAAAUGUUGUUUCUUGUGCCAUUCCAACUUCGUGAUGAAACCUAUGGAUCUUUAGAGUUGUUGGUUUCAGACUCAUCAUCUACUCUUAAUCUCCAACCACUCAACAACAACAAUGUCUUCAAACCCAUUGACUUCUAUCCCCAAAUUAGGGCUUUCUUCUUCUUCUUCUAAACCCCAACCAUCUGCUGAAAUUGAAGGUGUUUACAUUGCUGAAGAUGUUACUCAGGUUAUCCAAUGUCGAUGUUGGUUGCUAUAUAACAGCUUAUUGGGAAGACACCUAUGGUUUACCUCAAUCAUAUUGUCGAGGGUUGUGUUGCAAGUGUUGCUGCCAAGAUCGAGAUGAUGGAACCUUGUAGCAGUGUCAAAGACAGGAUAGCUUACAGUAUGAUAAUUGAUGCUGAGGAAAAGGGACUUAUAACACCUGGAAAGAGUGUCCUGGUGGAAGCAACCAGUGGAAACACGGGUAUCGGCCUUGCCUUUAUUGCUGCUGCAAGAGGAUACAAACUCAUCUUAACAAUGCCUGCAACUAUGAGUAUGGAAAGACGAGUCGUUCCAAAGGCAUUUGGAGCAGAGUUAGUUCUUACAGAUCCUGCCAAGGGUGUGGUGGGAGUUCUUGAAAAAGCAGAAGAGAUUUUCAAGAAGACACCUAAUUCGUACAUGCUUCAACAAUUUGACAACCCUGCUAAUCCAAAGAUUCACUUUGAGACUACUGGUCCUGAGAUUUGGGAAGAUACAAGAGGCAAAGUGGAUAUAUUUGUUGCCGGAAUUGGUACCGGUGGAACUAUAUCUGGGGUUGGUCGGUACCUAAAGAAACAAAAUCCUGACGUAAAGGUUAUUGGUGUCGAGCCAACAGAAAGCAACAUACUUUCAGGGGGAACACCUGGUCCGCACAAAAUUCAAGGGAUUGGAGCAGGCUUGGUACCUGGGAAUUUAGACCUGAGCGUAGUUGAUGAAAUCAUUGAGGUAUCAAGUGAUGAAUCUAUUGAAACAGCGAAACAGCUGGCACUUAAAGAAGGCCUAAUGGUAGGAAUUUCUUCUGGCGCUGCUGCAGCAGCUGCCGUCAAAGUUGCAAAGAGGCCUGAGAAUGCAGGAAAGCUUAUUGCGGUUUUGUUUCCGAGUUGUGGCGAGAGAUAUCUCUCUUCUGUUCUCUUCGAAUCAGUCAGAGAAGAAUGCGAAAACAUGCAAUUCGAGCCAUGAAAAACUGGGGCAAUCUAAAUGAGUUUUUCACUUCCGAUCCUUCUUUAUGCAUCUGCUGCAGACAUUCCAGAAUGCGUUUUAGCUGAGUAAAUAAUGUUAAAAUAAAUUAAAAAUAAAAUGUGUAUUAUCCUGACAUUAUUUUUAAACCAAGUAUUGUAUUAUUAAAUCUUGUUUUGUUUUCUUA